GAGUGGCAGCGACUGGAGAAAAAUAUCUGCGCUGCUAGCUGUGUUAGCCAGCGUCCUGCGAGCUAACGGUAGGAAGCAGCGGAGUGAACAUGGAGCUGUCUGCCGUCGGGGAGCGAGUGUUCGCCGCAGAGUCUAUUAUCAAACGCAGGAUAAGGAAGGGUCGCAUCGAGUACCUGGUGAAAUGGAAGGGCUGGUCUCCAAAAUACAGCACUUGGGAACCAGAGGAGAACAUUCUGGACCCCCGACUGUUUGCUGCUUUUGAACAGAGGGAGCGUGAGAGGGAGAUGUAUGGACCUAAGAAGAGAGGUCCAAAGCCCAAGACAUUUCUACUCAAGGCGCAGGCAAAAGAUAAAGCCAAGUCUUAUGAGUUCAGGAGUGAGGCCGUCAGAGGGAGGCACGUCAGCUACCCAGUUCCAGAACCUGUCAUCACCCCCAGAGCAAGAGAAGGCCUCCGAGCAGUCGUUCCCACCAUCUUCCCUCCCAGUACUGUCAACCGCGGAGAGAGCAUGCGCGUCCGACCACCAGAACUCAGCACCACCCUCACCCUAACCCCUCAGCAGACGAGCACAGACGGACUCAUCCACGUACCCAAAAAGAGAGGGCCCAAGCCUAAACCUCGCUUCCAUGACAGCGGCUGCGGCCCUGCGGCCUCCGAGCCGCACAGGAGGAGGAGGGAAGACGAUCAGGAGAGCCAUGCCCCUCACAAACUGGUCAAGUACCAGGGAGUGGAAGAGAUGAGGCUCUUCCACAGACACCCGGAGAACCACAGUCACGGCCAGAAACGCCACCAACACCACCACCACCACCACCAUCAUCAUCAUCACCACCAACAGCAGCAGCAGCACAACAGCGGCAGCUCCUUUAAGCAGCUGUACUCGGAGCGCGGUCUGCAUCCACACAGGACAGACAUGGACGUUCACAGGAUGAAGGAAGGGUCCAGCUUCCUGGUGCCUGCUCACUUCAAGCACCGGUCCAACACGAGCCCGAGCUCGAGUCGCCCGAGCCCGAGUCGCCCCGCCGAGCUUCCACUCGCAGAGAAGCCGUACUUCCUGGACAGGCCGUCCCCGGCGCGGCUGGACGACAGCGUGGACGAAGUGUCGUGGAGGCCGUCCCUCAGCAGCGUGGAAAAGGUGCUGGUGACGGACGUGACGGCCAACUUCCUGACCGUGACCAUCAAGGAGAGCAGCACUUCAAAAGGCUUCUUCAAAGACAAGAGAUGAUCUUCUGUUCGUUCGUUUGUUUGUUUGUUUGUUUUGCAUUGUGCUUUGUUUUCUCUUGACACUCUGAUGUGAUUUUAAAGAUCCAGUGUGUAAGAAAAUAGUAAUACUUAAACGUGAGACCUCAAAUUGUCACAAAUGGAGGACCUUUGCUCUCACCCCUCCCUUUCCCAAACACAUCAAAAGACUACGGUGGCCUUCACAGACCAGAAAGGGUCUUGGUCUUUCUUUUUUGUGUGUACCAAGAUUCUGCUUCUAAAGCAACACACACACACAUUUCAGCUGGUUAGUCUCUUCAGGCUGCUGUAGAAACAUUGGCACAAAAUGUCUCGUCUAAAAUACAUAAAAUGUUUAUUUUAAUGUCUGAAAAACAAAUUUUAUUUUUUACUUAUACAAAUAUACUAUAAAGGGUAGUAUAUGCAAAUAAAUCCUCCCUUGAUUUUACGCACUGGACCUUUUAAAACAAAGCAGUUUUUGUAUGUAAAUAUAUAAAAAGCGAUAACACAAUGUGCAUAUGUGUAUAUAUUAUAAAGCCGGACAUCUAUUUAAUGUACUGACCAAAUCAAAUGAAGUCCAUUUUACAUUGGUUAACAUGAACGACUUGUGAAUUUCUACUAUUUUGCAAAACAUAACAAACUAGAAUGUAUUUUUAUUUCAUUUCCACGCUUCUCUUUCAGCCUGAGCUCACGUUAGUACGUCAAGGUCUGGAUUUUAAAAUCCAGUCUGUGGAUGAUAAAAAUCUCCAUAAUUAGAACUAAUUAGACUGAAGAUGUCCUGUUCAAUUUCAAAUGGUUUAAAUUUAAAGAAAGGGAAAAAAAAAAGAGAAAAAUUAACUAAAGCACUUUGAAUCUAAAAGUAUUAAUCCGUUUUGUUGUUGUCCUUUGUCAUGUCUCUAACGUUUCUAGUUGUAAAAUAAAUUAAUAAUCCAACACAGACACUUUAAGAGUUUCCCCAAGGCGCAUAUAACUACUACUAUAGUAUAUUUUAAAUUUUUCAUAGAAAAAAUCAUGCUGCAUUCAUGUAAAAAAAAAAAAAAGGAAAUAAAAAAAACUUGCUGUCAAGUUGCUUUUUAGACGCUUUUCAAUAAAUAUAUUGAAUUUUCUCA